CAACAAUGCCAUCAAUGUCAUCAUCAUCAUCAUGAAUAUCCUAAUCAACAUCAGCAACAUCCUCAAUAUCAUCAUUAUCAAUAUCAUCAAUAGCAUCAAUGUCAUUAGGUGCGGAGGGGUUCAUGAAAGAGCUGGGUCUUUAGCUUUUUCUUAAAGGUGGAAAGAGACUCUGCGAAAAUCUAGGGAUUUUUUGACUGUUGGUGAAUCCAAGACCACAUGACGUUUUUUUGUCAUGACACAACAGUCAUUUUCCCAGAAUAUUUGCUGAUUGUAAGAGAAGUGGCACCACAGCGCAAGUUUUACUUCCUAAUGUUUACACCAUUCUUGGGCAACAAGAUUUCAUAUUAGCAACCCUGUACAUGCUGACAGGCAGCUAUAAAACAAUGAUUCACUAAAUGAAACCAUAAAUGUAUUCAUUGCAGUUCAGACGCCAAAGUUAAUGAGUAAACCCUACAAUAUAAUUUAGAAAAACAGGAACUUCACACAGCUGCUAAACAGAGUGUACACCAUCAUACCCGUGUUUGUUUUGCACACGUUGAUCUUUUUAUUUGACUGAACUUCUGUGUUUGAUCCACAGUUUCCUCCAGAAUGUCAGAUACAGCAGACUCCCUCACAUCUAAAGAGACACAGGACGCUCCUGGUUAUGAUGUGUCAUCACCACCACCACCACCACCACCACUGUCAUACUCCUCCGAAGGACAGCAACCUCCACCCUACUCUGCAGCCCUGGCAAUGUGCCCUCCACCCAAAAUCGAGACAACUUGCACCUAUCAGCCUACCACUGGAUACGAUUCUUUCCCCGACGUCAGCCCAAAGGCCUCGUCGGACACAACUCCACUGAAAUCCUCAUCUUCUUUUGAUGACAAGACAGUGAGAAGAACAUUUAUUAGAAAGGUGUUCAGCAUCCUGGCUGUCCAGCUGCUGUUCACCUUCAGUGUGAUGUGUGUGUUCACCUUCUCUGAAGUUGAGGAGAUACAGACCGACAUGUGCCUCAGCUCCUUCAUCAUCUUCAUCGUGGCGGCCACCGCCCUCAGCUGCUGCAAGUCCUUCAGUCGGCGUCACCCCUGGAACACCGUGGGACUGGUUGUGGUCACCCUGUGCUUGUCACAUAUGGUGGGAACCAUCGCCUCCUUCCACGACACCACUGCUGUAGCCAUCACUAUGGGAGCAACACUGGCCAUUUCUUUCGCAAUCCUUGCAUUCUCUGCACAGGUCAGACAACCAGGCUGA